GCCGCCAGUCACCACUCGUAAGAUCAGAUAUUUAAGGAAUUUUUUUUUAAGAAAAAAAAAAUUACUAGGCUUCUCUUCUACGCAACGGACGGGUAUUUUGAAUCGUAAGGUUGCUCUCUUUCAUAUAAACUCGAUUUCAAUUUUCAAUCGAGUCGUCAGAAGCAGGCGUACUGUGUGUACUGUGUACUACCAGCUAUCUCAGCUUUGGCGCGUAUUUUCUUUGCUACGCAGUUGACUGUUGAGAGGCCGGCAACAAACAAUGAAACUAGUCUGAGCGUGCAGCAUAAUAGAAAUAGGUAUUCGCUAUUAAAAUUUCCAACCACGUCUAAGGCCGAUAGUUUGUUUACUUUGAUUAGCUAUACAAGAAUUAGUGGAAAGAGACUGCCUUCAUUGGGUGUGAUCAAAUGGAUGGUUUGCGUAAUUUUGUUGCACGCGUGGUAAACAAGAUGGUCGAAAAAGGGUCUUAUGAUAAAAAAAAUACCAAGGAAAAUGAUAAGUUAUGUUUGCCUUGUACUGUAAAGUUAGAAAGCUGUGUGCCUGAAAAAGAUUGCUCUAAAGAAAGUAAUAAAGAAAAUGAGGAAAAUUCCAACCCCAUGGCAACAAAUGCAAAAUCGGAUGAUGAACUUUCAAAUUCUAAGAUGAAAUUAGAAUCUAUCCCGUACAAAUCAGUUGAAGAUAAUAUAAAAAUAGUAAAAAAUGAAAAGAUAGAGUCAACUUUUGUUCCUCAGGAGACAAUAUCUGUCAGUGAAUCAAAAUUAAGUGAGAUAUCAAAACCAGGACCUCAGUUAAAGGAAUUCUAUAAAAAUGAAAAAAAUGAUGAAAAUGCAGGAAAUUCUACUCCUAUUUCUUCUACAGCAAAAUCUGAAAGUAAACAAGUAGAUUUUCACAUGGAAGUGGAACAUGAACCUGAUCAAUGUUCUGAUGAUGAGGGUAUUAUAAUUAAAAAUGAAAAGCCACGUUCUGUUGCAAAAAAGCUACCGUUUAAUGAUGAAUUUCAAUCAAAUUGUGCUCUUGAAUUGGAAAAUGAUUUUUUGCCAGAGUGUUCUGCUGAAAGUGAAAAUGGAACAAAAAGUCAAUCGUUAAUAUCAAACGAUGAAUCAGAAAAAUUUGAAAAUUUGGCAUCUACAGAAUGUUCUUCCAUAAAAAGUGAACAUAAAAAUGAUGGAAAAGAUACUAAUAUGCCAGAUAUGCUUGAAAUAGCAGAAAUUCCUCCUAAUGGACAUUCUCCUUCAAAAUCAUCACCAGUUUUGAGAGGUAUUAAACGUGUUAGUGAUGAAAACUUGGAUCAAGCAAUUCCUCAUAAAAUUUCCAAGAUAAUCGAUAGUGAUUCAAGUAGUGACACUGAAAAUGAAGAGGAUAUAAACGAUAAUUAUUCUGAUUUUGAUCCUCAAUAUAGUGAUGAUGAAACAGAUGAGACAUACAGUUUCAACAUAACUUUUGAUAAUACCACAACUUUAGUAAAUCCGACUGAUGAAAUAAACUUUGAUGUUAAUAGUAUUAUUAAUAAACCAUCAAAAAAUUUUUCAAUCAAAGGAUUAGGGGAUGGUAAAAGAAGAAGCGAAUAUUAUUGCCAGCAAAGAUUGACAUUAGGUUGUAUUAAGACUUUAUAUACUCAACUUAAAUCAUGUCCCCAAACUCCAGUAGAAUCUGACCCUGUUGGGUUAAAAAUACCUCUUCUACCUCAUCAAAGAGAUGCACUGAAAUGGCUUAUGUGGCGAGAAUCUCAAAAACCAAGUGGUGGUAUUCUUGCUGAUGAUAUGGGAUUAGGAAAAACUAUGGAAAUUAUUUCACUGCUAGUAGCUAAAAAAACUGAAAAACAAAAGUAUACUAUAAGAAAGGAUGAGAAUGAUAAGGAUGAUGACGAUGAUUGGGGAUUUUAUCCAUGUUCUCGAAAAAGAUUUGAUGGAGGAACAUUAGUUAUAUGUCCAGUAUCAGUAAUUAAGCAGUGGGAACGUGAAAUAUCUGUUCGAUGUCGUCGCAACAUUUUAAGUUCUUUUGUGUAUCAUGGUCCUGAUAAACGCUUGAGUGCUAAAACAUUAAGUACUUUUGAUGUAGUAAUUACAACUUAUGGUAUAAUUGCUGAAGAAUAUGAAGAACAUGUAGAAAUUGGUAAAAGAGAAGAUUCUAGGCUUUUCAAGAUUAACUGGGACAGAGUUAUAUUAGAUGAAGCUCACUACAUUCGUAAUAACAAAACCAAAGCUAGUUCAUCAGUGUGCGAAUUAACAACAAAUCAUCGAUGGGUACUUACUGGGACUCCGAUUCAGAAUUCAGUGGAUGACUUUUAUGCUCUUCUAAAAUUUCUCAAAUGUGAACCUUUCAAUGAUUGGUCAGUUUGGAGACGAUGGGUUUCUAACAGAAAUGAGACUGGUGGCCAAAGAUUAACAGUUCUUAUAAAGGCUCUAAUGUUAAGAAGAACUAAAGAGGAGUUGAUAAAAAAAAAUUUAGUGCCUGAUUUACCUGAAAAGCAAAUUGAAAUAAUAGAAGUAAAUUUAGAUAUGCAGGAAAAAAUUGUGUAUCAAAAACUUUUAUUGUAUUCACAAACUUUUUUUCUUGAAUUUCUUCGGCAGCGAAAAAAAAAAGAUGCCGAAAAAGGAAAGCCGUUCAGUUGCUAUUCUAGACCAAAAAAUAUCAUUCGUCAAGAGGUGCCAAAAAAAAUGACUAAACUCUUGAGGAUUCUCAUGGCGCAUCAUAACGAAAUAGGGCAGCAUGAUAUUUUAGUUCUUAUUUUAAGAUUGAGACAAAUUUGCUGUCAUCCAUCUUUAAUAAGAUCAAUGAUUGAAAAAGAGGAUAUACAAGUUGCAUCUAAAGAAUGCAAUGAAUCUUUAAACGCUGACAUUAACGAACUGUUAUUAGAGAAAGAUGACUCUGACGACGAAGAUGAAUGUUAUGAUAUUGAUGAAGUAAUGGUUAAAAAAGUGAUGUCCAGUUCAAAUCCAAUUUUUUCCGAAAACAGACAAAGUUCUAAAGUUACUGCAAUUCUUUCCAAAAUAGAAGACAUUCUUGAAAGGGGAGAGAAAGUAAUAGUUGUUUCUCAAUGGACCAGUUUUCUAUCUCUUAUCGGUCGGCUUAUUAAAAAAACUAUACCUCAUGCUGUCUUCGCCCAUUUUUUUGGGUCUACGAAAAUUCAAGAGCGCCAGGAAAUCGUCGAUAGAAUUAAUGAUCCCGAUGAUAAUCUUAAUGUCUUACUUUUAUCAUUAACUGCUGGAGGCUGUGGAAUAAAUUUGAUUGGGGCAAACAAUUUGCUUCUCGUCGAUUUACAUUGGAAUCCUCAGUGGGAAACUCAAGCACAAGAUCGUAUUUAUAGAUUCGGUCAAAUAAAGGAUGUUAGAAUUUACAAAUUCGUCUGCAAAAAUACAAUUGAAGAAAACAUAAAAGCUCUUCAAGAAGGGAAACUUAAAAUCUCUUCCAAUGUUUUAAGCGGAACUGUGGGUAACAAUUUAACCAUUGAAGAUCUGCACGUGUUGUUUUCACUCAAUGACGAAGAAAAUAAAAGAAAAAACAGGCGCUCAUCUACUCCUCUCCCAAGUCCUCCGUCACCUGAUCUUGAAAUGGAAGUAGAUGAACCCAAUGAAAGAGAUCAAUCCGACAGUGAUGAUCAACAAAAUGAAGAAGACAGUAGUGAUGAAAAUGAAGACGACAGAGUAGUCUUUGAACCUUAGUUAUAUGUUGAGUGUGUUUAAUAAUUCAAUGUUUGAAAAAAUGUUAAGUAAACAUUUAUAUUUUAUGUUCGUCACGUUUGAUUUUGUUAGCUUAAAAGCGAUAAUGUUGUGUACUCAAAAUAAAUUUAUUUUGUGUUUUGUUUUAUAAAUAUUCUGACACUUGAGUUUAAUUGCAUAGAAAUUACUUAGUUGAUGUGUAAACUAAGUUUUUGUAUUUUUCUAUGACUGGAAUAAAAAAUUUAAUUAAAUAUCAUUGUACUCACGCUUAUAUAUAAUCAAACAAUACUGGUAUGUUGGGGCAUAAAUUUAUUACACUUCAAUAACGCAACUUAUAUAAUACAAUUGCAACAUUCUUUGAAUUU